AUGACACAAAUUCAGUCUAAAAUUAUUCCCAAUCUGACUCAUCUAUCGUUUUUGUUAGGAUCUAAAUUUACUGUACCACAUCAAUUAGUUUGUGAUGUCUUCUCCAAUAAAUUUCUAUUCCUUCGUUAUGUUAAUUUGUGCUGUAUCGAUGAAUUCACUCGUCAUUCAUGGACUAUAUCAUCUUCUCUCCAGUUUGUAUCAAUCCUUUCUUGUCAACCAACAUGUAUUCCAGCCAUUCUUGCUUCCGAUCCCCAUCUUCAUCAUCUUCAAGUUCAUGUUUUACAUAACAAUGAUGAUCUUGUCACUUCAUCUUCAUCACUAAAUCAUCCACUUCGACGACUGAUACUUUGGAGUGAUUCUACCGCACUCAAUUUUAAUGAUAUUGAUAAUAUUCUUAUUUAUACACCUAACAUUGAAUAUUUAUAUUUACAAACAAUCUAUUCUAUGUCUUUUAUCGAUCUAGCUCAUGGUUUGAUUAAUCGACUGCAUUAUUUAUCUCAAUUCGAUUGUUAUAUUAAAGAAAUGUUGUAUAGAGAUGAUAGAUGUGGUAAUUUAACUACAUUACAUCAAAUUCAUCCAUGUUUUAAUCGAAUUCAAUUUAUUGAAGAAAACAAUGAGUUUCGAACUAUUGCUACUAAAUAG